GAAGCAUACAAACGCGCACGGAAAGUGGACGAGGCAACUCGCUGAUAAUUCAACACAUUUAAACGAAAAUAAAAAGAGGCUAACUGUUAGAGCAAACGCAAGUCGACUGUCGAAAACAAAUCAUGGAGCAAUUUACCCCCAAGGAGGUAAAAAUCCUCGAGAGUGCCGAGGACAUCCAGGAGCGCCGUGAGCAGGUGCUCAACCGGUACAAUGAGUUCAAGGUGGAAACGCGCCACAAGCGCGAGAAGCUGGAGGACUCCCGUCGCUUCCAGUACUUCAAGCGCGAUUCGGACGAGCUGGAGAGCUGGAUCCACGAGAAGCUGCAGGCCGCCUCGGAGGAGAGCUAUCGCGAUCCGACCAAUCUGCAGGCCAAAAUCCAGAAACAUCAGGCUUUCGAGGCUGAAGUUUCGGCCCACAGCAAUGCCAUCGUGGUGCUGGACAACACCGGUCAGGAGAUGAUCAACCAGCAGCACUUUGCAUCCGACACCAUUCAGCGUCGGUUGGAUGAACUGCACCGUCUGUGGGAGCUGUUGCUGUCCCGUCUGGCCGAGAAGGGAAUGAAGCUGCAGCAGGCUUUGGUGUUGGUGCAAUUCUUGCGCCACUGUGAGGAGGUCAUGUUCUGGAUCAAGGACAAGGAAGCCUUCGUAACGGCCGACGAGUUCGGCCAGGAUCUGGAGCAUGUCGAAGUGCUGCAGCGUAAGUUUGACGAGUUCCAGAAGGAUAUGGCUUCGCAGGAAUAUCGUGUCACCGAAGUCAACGAGCUGGCUGAUAAGCUGCUCUCCAAUGGACAUCCGGAACGGGACACAAUCACCCGUAGGAAGGAAGAACUGAACGAAGCAUGGCAGCGCCUGAAGCAGUUGGCUAUUUUGCGCCAGGAGAAACUCUUCGGUGCUCACGAAAUCCAACGCUUCAACCGCGAUGCUGAUGAAACUGUUGCUUGGAUUGCCGAGAAGGAUGUUGUUCUGUCCUCGGAUGAUUACGGACGUGAUUUGGCCAGCGUUCAGGCACUGCAACGCAAGCACGAAGGCGUCGAACGUGACCUGGCUGCCUUGGAAGACAAGGUGGCUACGCUGGGAGCCGAGGCUGGUCGUUUGUGCAGCAUCCAUGCGGAUCAUAGCGAUCAGAUCCGUGAGAAACAAGCGGAAAUCGCUGCCUACUGGCAAUCGCUGACUGCCAAGGCUAAGGAACGCAAGCAGAAGCUGGAUGAAUCUUACUUCUUGCAUCGCUUCCUUGCUGACUUCCGUGAUUUGGUGUCGUGGAUCAACGGCAUGAAGGCCAUCAUCUCGGCCGAUGAGCUGGCCAAGGACGUCGCCGGAGCUGAAGCUCUGCUCGAGCGUCAUCAGGAACAUAAGGGAGAGAUUGAUGCUCGUGGUGAUAGCUUCAAGGUAACCACCGAGGCCGGACGCUUGCUGUUGGAACGCGAACACUACGCCGCAGCGGAAGUGCAGGAAAAGCUGGCCGCUUUGGAGAGUGACAAGAGCUCUCUGCUUGCUCUUUGGGAAGAUCGUCGUAUUCUGUACGAGCAGUGCAUGGAUCUGCAGUUGUUCUAUCGCGACACCGAGCAGGCCGAUACCUGGAUGGCCAAGCAGGAGGCUUUCCUGGCCAACGAAGAUCUGGGAGACUCUUUGGACUCGGUUGAAGCUCUGAUCAAGAAGCACGAAGACUUCGAAAAGAGUCUGGCUGCUCAGGAGGAGAAAAUCAAGGCCUUGGAUGUCUUCGCUACUAAGCUGAUCGAUGGCCAGCAUUACGCAGCUGAUGACGUCGCUCAACGUCGCUCGAUGUUAUUGGCACGCCGUUCGGCUCUGCUGGAGAAGUCGUCCGUUCGCCGUCAAUUGCUGGAGGAUUCUAGCGCCCUGCAGCAGUUUGAACGUGACUGCGAUGAAACCAAGGGAUGGAUCAGUGAAAAACUCAAGUUUGCCACCGACGAUAGCUACCUGGAUCCAACCAAUCUGAACGGCAAAGUUCAGAAGCAUACCAACUUUGAGCAUGAACUGACCGCUAACAAGAGUCGCAUCGAAGACAUUACCACCAAUGGGCAGAACCUGAUCGAAAAGGGCCACUACGCUGCUGAUCAGAUUAACUCCCGCAUGCAGGAGAUUGUCACUCUGUGGGAAUCGCUGGUUCAAGCAUCAGACAAGAAGGGCUGCAAGCUGCAGGAAGCAUCCCAGCAACAGCAGUUCAAUCGUACCGUUGAAGAUAUCGAGCUGUGGCUAAGCGAAGUCGAAGGCCAACUGAUGUCCGAGGAUUACGGCAAGGAUCUGACUAGCGUACAGAAUCUGCAAAAGAAGCACGCCCUGCUGGAAGCUGACGUUAUGGCCCAUCAGGAUCGUAUCGAAGGCAUCAAGGUCGCGGCGAACAAGUUCGUCGAGGGUGGUCAUUUCGAUGCGGAUAACAUCCGGAACAAGGAAUCUUGCCUGUCCAAGCGAUAUGGAGCCUUGGCUAGUCCAAUGACCGAUCGUAAGCAGCGUUUGUUGGACUCGCUACAGGUGCAGCAGUUGUUCCGUGAUCUGGAAGAUGAAGCUGCCUGGAUCCGCGAAAAGGAACCGGUCGCCGCCUCCACCAAUCGUGGCCGUGAUCUGAUCGGUGUCCAGAAUUUGAUCAAAAAGCACCAAGCUGUGCUGGCUGAGAUUAACAACCAUGAGAAUCGCGUCGCUGGUGUCAUUGCCAAUGGUGAACAGAUGUUGACCGAACAGUCAUUCGCUACCGAGGAUAUCAAGUUGCGCUUGGAUGCCGUGAAGGACCAGUGGAACUCGCUGAAGGAAAAGGCCAACCAGCGAAAGCAGGAUUUGGAGGAUUCGUUGCAGGCUCAUCAAUAUUUUGCCGAUGCGAACGAAGCUGAGUCGUGGAUGCGCGAGAAGGAACCGAUCGUGUCGAACCCGGACUACGGAAAGGACGAGGAUUCGUCCGAAGCUUUGUUGAAGAAGCAUGAGGCGUUGGUUUCCGAUUUGGAAGCCUUCGGAAACACUAUUCAAGCUUUGCAAGAACAGGCCAAAAACUGCCGCCAGCAGGAGACUCCUGUGGUUGACAUCACUGGCAAGGAAUGUGUCAUGGCGUUGUAUGACUACACCGAGAAAUCUCCUCGCGAGGUUUCUAUGAAGAAAGGGGACGUUCUGACUCUGUUGAACUCCAACAACAAGGACUGGUGGAAGGUUGAGGUCAACGAUCGUCAGGGAUUCGUGCCAGCUGCAUACAUCAAGAAGAUUGAUCCUGGUCUAAGCGCCAGUCAGCAGAAUCUGGUCGAUGGCCAUUCGAUUGGUAAGCGCCAGUCUCAAAUCAACAGCCAAUACGAUAACCUAUUGGCUAUGGCCCAUGAGCGUCAGAAUAAGUUGAACGAAACCGUUAAGGCAUACGUGUUAGUGCGUGAAGCUGCUGAUUUGUCCGCUUGGAUCAGGGACAAGGAAAGCCAUGCUCAGGUUAAGGAUGUUGGUGAAGAUCUGGAAGAAGUUGAAGUUAUGCAGAAGAAGUUUGAUGACUUCAAUGAUGAUCUAAAGGCUAACGAGGUCCGUCUGGCCAAGUUGAAUGAGAUUGCCGUUCAGCUGACUUCGCUCGGACAAACCGAGGCUGCUCUGAAGAUCAAGACCCAAAUCCAGACCUUGAACGAAGAAUGGGCAACGCUGCAGACUAUCACUCAGGAGCGUGCCAGCCAGCUCGGAUCGGCUCAUGAAGUUCAGCGUUUCCAUCGCGACGUCGAUGAAACCAAGGACUGGAUCGGUGAGAAGGAUACUGCGUUGACCAACGACGAUUUUGGCAAGGAUCUGCGUGGUGUUCAGACGCUGCAACGCAAGCAUGAAGGUUUGGAGCGUGAUCUGGCAGCUCUGCGCGAUAAGAUUCGUCAGCUGGAUGAAACUGCAAACCGGUUAAUGCAAUCGCAUCCGGAUACGGCCGAACAGACCUACGCCAAGCAGAAGGAGAUCAACGAAGAGUGGCAACAGGUCGUCGCCAAGACUCAGCAACGCAAGGAGAAACUGCUAGAUUCGUACGAUCUGCAACGUUUCUUGAGCGACUACCGCGAUUUGAUGGCUUGGAUCAGCUCGAUGAUGGGUUUGGUCUCCUCGGAGGAGUUGGCUAAUGAUGUCACCGGAGCGGAGGCGUUGAUCGAGAGACAUCAGAACCAUCGUGCUGAAAUUGAUUUUCGUUACGGUAUCCCGCAGGAACACCGUACCGAAGUGGAUGCCCGUGCCGGAACGUUCGCUGCGUUCGGUCAGUUUGGAGAAGAACUGCUGCAGGCUAAUCAUUAUGCCUCACCGGAAAUUCAGGAAAAGAUCGAAAACUUGGGCAACGCGCGCGAGGAGCUGGAACGUGCCUGGACUGCUCGCCGGCUGCAGCUGGACCAGAAUCUUGACUUACAGCUGUACCUGCGUGAUUGUGAGCAGGCUGAGAAUUGGAUGAGCGCUCGGGAAGCGUUCCUGAAUGCCGAAGAGGUCGACUCCAAGGGUGACAAUGUGGAGGCCUUGAUCAAGAAACACGAGGACUUUGAUAAGGCCAUCAAUGGCCACGAGGAGAAGAUUGCUGCUCUGCAAGUGUUGGCUGACCAGUUGAUUGCUCAGGAGCACUAUGCUGGAAGGUUGAUCGAUGACAAGCGAUCGGAAGUGUUGGACCGCUGGCGUCACCUGAAGGAUCAUUUGAUCGAGAAGCGCUCUCGUUUGGGUGAUGAGCAGACGCUGCAGCAGUUCUCGCGUGAUGCCGAUGAAAUUGAGAACUGGAUUGCCGAAAAACUGCAACUUGCCACUGAGGAAAGCUACAAGGAUCCGGCCAACAUCCAAUCUAAGCACCAGAAACAUCAAGCCUUCGAAGCUGAGCUGGCAGCCAAUGCCGAUCGUAUCCAGAGUGUGUUGGCAAUGGGAAGCAAUUUGAUCGAUAAGAAUCAGUGCAGCGGAUCGGAGGAUGCCGUCCAGAAGCGCUUGACUCAGAUCGCCGAUCAAUGGGAAUACCUGACCCAGAAGACUACGGAGAAGUCUUUGAAGUUGAAGGAAGCCAAUAAGCAGCGUACGUACAUUGCUGCGGUGAAGGAUUUGGACUUCUGGUUGGGUGAAGUGGAGAGUCUGUUGACAUCGGAAGACGCAGGAAAGGAUUUGGCCUCGGUGCAGAACUUGAUGAAGAAGCACCAGCUUGUGGAAGCUGACAUCCAUGCCCACGAAGAUCGUAUCAGGGACAUGAAUGCUCAGGCCGAUUCAUUGGUUGAGAGCGGCCAGUUCGAUAGCGCCGGAAUUCAAGAAAAGCGCCAAUCGAUCAACGAGCGUUAUGAACGUAUCUGUAACUUGGCUGCCCAUCGCCAGGCUCGCUUGAACGAAGCUAACACGUUGCAUCAAUUUUUCCGCGACAUUGCCGAUGAGGAAUCCUGGAUUAAGGAGAAAAAACUACUGGUCGGUUCCGAUGACUAUGGUCGCGAUUUGACCGGAGUGCAGAACUUGAAGAAGAAGCACAAGCGUCUGGAAGCUGAGUUGGGUUCGCAUGAGCCAGCAAUCCAGGCCGUCCAAGAAGCUGGCGAGAAGCUGAUGGAUGUUUCGAAUCUGGGUGUACCGGAGAUUGAGCAACGUCUGAAGGCGCUGAACCAGGCAUGGUCUGAAUUGAAGAGCUUGGCUGCUACCCGUGGUCAAAAGUUGGACGAAUCGCUCAUCUAUCAACAAUUCUUGGCAAAGGUUGAAGAAGAAGAAGCUUGGAUCACCGAAAAGCAGCAGCUGCUGUCGGUUGAGGACUAUGGAGAUUCAAUGGCCGCUGUUCAGGGUCUGUUGAAGAAGCACGAUGCUUUCGAGACUGACUUUGCCGCACACCGUGAUCGUUGCUCGGACAUUCAUGACAAUGGUCAGACUUUGGUGACCAAUAACAAUCACCAUGCCGAGAGUAUUUCCCAGCGCUGCACUCAACUGGACAAGAAGUUGGAGAACUUGCAAGCGCUGGCCACCCGUCGCAAGAACGCCCUGUUGGACAACUUUGCCUAUCUGCAGUUUAUGUGGAAGGCCGAUGUGGUUGAGAGCUGGAUUGCCGAUAAGGAGAAUCACGUCAAGUCGGAGGAGUUUGGACGUGAUUUAUCCACUGUUCAGACACUGCUGACCAAGCAGGAGACAUUCGAUGCUGGUCUCUCCGCAUUCGAACAGGAAGGAAUCCACAACAUCACUGCCCUCAAGGAUCAACUGAUCAACGCAAACCACGCUCAAUCGGCUGCCAUUCUCAAGCGCCACGAGGAUGUGUUGACCCGCUGGCAGAAGCUGCGUGCCGAUUCGGAAGCUCGCAAGCAGCGCCUGCUGGAAAUGCAGGAGCAAUUCCGUCAGAUCGAAGACCUCUAUCUGACCUUUGCCAAGAAAGCUUCCGCUUUCAACUCGUGGUUCGAAAACGCCGAAGAGGAUCUCACCGAUCCGGUGCGGUGCAAUUCGAUCGAGGAAAUUACGGCUCUACGAGCGGCCCAUGCCCAGUUCCAGGCAUCGCUGUCGUCGGCUCAGUAUGACUUCCAAGCGUUGGCUGAUUUGGAUCGCAAGAUCAAGAACUUCAAUGUGGGUCCCAAUCCGUACACGUGGUUCACGAUGGAAGCGCUCGAGGACACCUGGCGCAAUCUGCAGAAGAUUAUCGAAGAGCGUGACGCUGAGCUGGCCAAGGAAGUCCACCGCCAGGAAGAGAAUGACAAGCUCCGUAAGGAGUUUGCCAAGCAUGCCAAUCUGUUCCACCAGUGGCUGACCGAGACCAGAUACAGCAUUCUAGGCUGGGAUAAGAAUGGAACUUCCCUCAUGGAUGGUUCCGGCUCGUUGGAAGAGCAAUUCGAAGCGCUCUGCCACAAGGCUAAUGAAAUUCGCGCUCGUCGUGGCGACCUGAAGAAGAUUGAGGAGCUAGGAGCUACGCUGGAGGAACACCUCAUCCUGGACAAUCGUUACACGGAACAUUCAACCGUAGGCCUCGCCCAGCAAUGGGAUCAGCUCGACCAGCUUGCCAUGCGUAUGCAGCACAAUCUAAAGCAACAGAUCCAAGCCCGCAAUCAAUCUGGAGUCUCGGAAGAUUCACUCAAGGAAUUCUCGAUGAUGUUCAAGCACUUCGACAAGGACAAGAGUGGAAAACUGAACCACCAAGAAUUCAAGUCCUGCCUCCGCGCCCUGGGUUACGAUCUACCGAUGGUGGAAGAGGGACAACCCGACCCGGAGUUCGAGGAGAUUGUGAACGUGGUCGAUCCGAACCGCGAUGGACACGUUUCCCUGCAGGAGUACAUUGCCUUCAUGAUCUCCAAGGAAACGGAGAACGUCCAGAGCUACGAGGAGAUCGAGAAUGCCUUCCGCGCCAUUACCGCCUCCGACCGUCCAUACGUCACCAAGGAUGAACUCUACUCAAACCUCACCAAGGACAUGGCGGACUACUGCGUCCAGAGGAUGAAACCGUUCAACGACACGAAGACGGGCCACCCCAUCACCGGCGCCCUGGACUAUGUGGAAUUUACGCGAACUUUGUUCCAGAACUAAUCCUAUUUCUAACGAAAACAUAUUAACUUUUCAGCUAAUAAAGAAAGUAUGUUCGUAUUCGUAUUAAGCGCAAAAGAAAACAAAUCCAGUUGGCUUAUUCUAUUGAUUUUAUUUUAUCCUACGAAUCACUGCGGUUUAGAAAAUAAACUAUUUAUGAGAGCACGUUUUCACAUACCUCCGCUAAUCAAUUUAUAAAUGCUUUUGAUGUUGAAAAAAAAAAUACAAUGAACGUUAAAUUUCUAGUUGAUAAGAAGCACAAACGUUUAAGGAUAUAAAUUUCUUCCGCUUUGCGAUCCGGGAUAAUGUUCUGAUCAAUUUCUAAAUCGAAGGAAAUUGGCUUUGAAUAUCGACAUUUGAUGAAGGAAAGAAAUCUGCAAUGAGAACGAUCGACAUAAAAAUAUCGAACCAGUUAGAAGCGACCAUGAUAUUUAGAGAAAAAAAAACAAUGUUAUAAUCACUACACAUAGUUUGAAUGUCACAGAACAGAAAAAGCAUUUAGAUUGAUGGGCAACAUUUUAGAUGUGGCUAUCCAUAUGGCGGCUUACUUGUUUCAGAAAACAACAAAUAUUUAUGAACUAUAAUAAUAUAUAAUAUGAAUUUCCUUCUAUUUAUUCGGAAAUAAAAAUAUACAUUUGCAUGAAUCGAA